AUGGCAACCAAGCGUCCUCACAGCGAAGUUCAUCCCUCUCGUCGAGACCAAGUUCCUGGCCAAGAAAAGAAACGAAAGGUCAACCCACACCCUCACCGCAAACUCGAGCGCAAGACCAAUCCCAUCAACCCCAUCAAGUCGCGCAUCCGCAGUCUGAACCGUCUAUUACAACACAAAGAGAACCUCCCCGCCGACGUCCGCCUCAACCAUGAGCGAGAGUUGAAGUCCUGCGAGUGGGAACUCGCUCAAGCUGAGAGCCAGCAACGCAAAAAAGACCUGAUUGGCAAAUAUCACAUGGUGCGCUUCUUCGAGCGACGGAAAGCAGAGCGUCGCCUCAAGAAGCUGGAGAGGAGAGCCAAGGAAGGCGAGGCCGAUCUCGAGGAGCAAAUACACGAAGCCAAGGUCGACUUGAAUUACGCCAUGUACCACCCUCUCGACAUGGCCUACUCAGCACUCUGGCCGACAAAGGGAAAGAAGGACGCCGAUGGCAAUGAAGUCGAGGUCGAGAAGCAAGGAGACCCAGAUAUGUGGUUGGUAGUCGAGAAGUGCAUGGAAGAAGGUAAGCUGGAUGCCCUGAGAAACGGCAAGCUGUUGAAGUCUGCUCCUGCCCAACUCGACAACGACGACAGCAUUGUUCAGAAGGCGUCAAAUGCCAGAGCAAAGAAGGAAAAGAAGGACAAAAAGGACAAGGAGAAGAAGGCAGCCCAGAAGCCUGCAAAGAAGGCCGAUGAGGAUCAAGCCAUGGGCGGACAAGAUGAAGAUGAGGACAGCGAAGGAGGUUUCUUCGAGUAA